UUGACAGUGAAUCCCACGUACACGCGGCCCCGAUGCCGAGGGUUCUGGCAGUAGAGCAGAAAAAAGCACUCGAGGGUGAUCGUCCAGCGCGCUGGAAACCCGACAGCGCCGCUUGGUGCGCCGCCUGCUGGCAGGAGGAGGAUGUGCAAACGCGGCCGCAGCGCCCGCGGCCCUCCAGCUCGGCUCCGAUUGGCUAACUGCUGGGGCGGAGCCUCCCAAGCGUUGCGACUUCACCUGUGCCAGGAGACGGAAGUGCUGCCUUCCAGGCCGCCUCAGGAAGGGCGGAAGUGAGCGGCGUGAGAGGAAGUGGCUUCAAUGAGGGCGGAAGGCGGGGCUCUGGGCACGCCUGCCUGUUCCUCCACCGGGCUGUGGCUAUGGAACUCAGCGCGGAGUACCUCCGCGAGAAGCUGCGGCGGGACCUGGAGGCAGAGCAUGUGGAGGUGGAGGACACGACUCUCAACCGUUGCGCGACCAGCUUUCGAGUCCUGGUGGUGUCCGCUAAGUUCGAGGGAAAGCCAUUGCUCCAGAGACACCGGCUGGUGAAUGAAUGCCUAGCUGAAGAGCUCCCGCACAUCCAUGCCUUUGAGCAGAAAACUCUGACCCCAGAGCAGUGGACCCGAGAGCGGCUGAAAUGAGGGACCCGGGCCUGAACAGCCAUUAAAUUGUAAAUCAGGUCCAUUUGGUGUCAGUGUGCUGUUUGAGGUCUCUGAGGCUGAGUCAGGUACUUGGCUUUCCCCUCCCCCCUCCAUCAUUGUUUGGGUAUUGUCCUGUCCUUUAGUCUCUGCCGAGGGUGUCUGUCACCAAGGUCCGCCCUCAGAAAGCUGGGUGUUCCUGCUCUGCCAACCGCCCAGGACCAGAAACCCUCAGCUUUUGAGAGAGAGAGAGAGAGAGAGAGAGAGAGAGAGAGAGAGAGAGAGAGAGAAGAUACACGAUACACGAUUCCUGUCAGUCUCUUUUCAGGCCUCAGGGGACAUGGUAUUCAAUCCAGUUCCUCCACAUCUAAUCUUCUUUGGUUUUGUCUUGUUUUGUCUUGGAGACGGGAUCUCAAUGUGUUUUCCAGACUGUUCUUAGAUUCAUGAACUCAGAUGGUCCUCUCGCCUCAGUCUUCAUGCAGCCGUGACUCAGAUGUCUAUCACCACACUCAGUUCCUAUCCAUAUUGUCAAAGCCUGUCUCUGACACUUAGCGCUGUUACCUCCGCCUCCACCUUCU